AUGUCGUUUAAAGUAAACUGGAACUCGCUAGAAACCGACUCGUUGAGAAACUGGACUAAGGAUCUACUCACCGACGCUUUGAAUAGCGGGAAACGUCCUAAUAUAUUAGCAUCAAAUAUUCAAAUAAAAGAUUUAAAUUUUGGAUUGAGCCCUCCAAAUUUUGAAAUAUUAGAGAUUGGGGAGUUGGCUAAGGAUCGAUUCAGAGGGAUAUUUAAGAUAAAUUACGACGGAGACUUUCAUUUGACCUUGCAUACCAAGGUACAAGCCAACCCGUUGAAGAUCUAUAGUGACAACUCAUUAGAGAAAGAAAUCAAUCAGGAUUGCCAUAAUUUCACUACUCCGGACUUUUUAUUGUCCAAUGAAGCAUUCAACAUCCCGCUUGAUUUGAAGUUAAGUGAUAUCAAGAUCAAUGGGAUUGGGAUUAUUGUUUUUUCGAAAACAAAAGGAUUGACUUUAGUUUUCCGAAACGAUCCACUAGAUUCGAUUAAAGUCAGUUCUACCUUUGAUACCGUACAAGUAUUGGCUAACUACUUACAGAAACAAAUAGAAAAUCAAAUACGAGACUUGUUUAGAGAAACCUUGCCAACGUUGAUCCAUAAACUAUCGUUGAAAUAUACUCUUGUUAAUGAAUCCACCAUCAACGAUUUAUAUAAACAACAACAAAAGAAAGAAGAAGAAGUGAGAGAAAAAGAUGCCGAGGAUAGCGAGGAUCUGGAAGAUGAUGAAUUGUUAGAGUUCCAACAAUCUUUUUCUCCAAAUAACUUGAUGAAAAUAUCCUCGAUCUUCAAUUCAAGAGAAAGCUUAAAAUUAAAUAUUCCAAAAUUCAAAAAAACUAUUCAAAGAUGUCAUCUAGAUAAAUAUUGUCAAGAUAUUUCCUUACCUAACUUGGUUAAUUCAUUAUACACCAACUUGAACUUAUCAAAUCAAGAUUUAUUACUUAAUAAUCAUAAUUUGAAUGGGAUCCCCAUCAAUAUGUUAUUGGGCCAUGAUUAUAACAAGGUCGAUAAUAUUUUGAAAGAAAUUAGUUUGAUCCAAUCAAAUAAUUAUAAUACUACCAAUUCCAAAAAUUCAAUUCCCAUCAGACCUAAGAGAAGAAAGAUCAAA